GUAGAAUCGGCAGCCAAUCAGAGAGCGUUUUGUUUAAGAGUAGGUUAGUUUGAAACGGCAAAGCAAGCGUUUUCCAACUGACUCUGAGGAAGAGAUGUCGUCAGACGAAGAGGAACCAACCAGUCCUGUUUUGCCCAAGGACUCUGAUCGGGGCAGCUCUGUCUCCUCUGAGCUUCAGGAUGAGUAUGAGGAGCUUCUCCGCUAUGCUGUGGUCACCCCUAAGCUUGAGACACUUACAGCUGCUCACAUGCAGCGGCUUGGCACCUCACAUCUCUCUGCAGAGGGUCGGACUUCCCAGAGAAAAGAUGAACCAAAAUCACAGCACCCAGCAGAUGCAGCCACUAAAACAAAGGAUGGAAGGCUUUCUAGCAAGGAUGUGAGAUUAUCACCUGCCUCCCCUUUAAUUGUUGAGCCCCCCACACACUCAAGAGCCUCUCUUGCUGAUGAGAUAGAGGGUCGAUCAUCUAGUAGAGCAUCAGCACUCUCAAACGCUCCUUCAGACAGGUUACAGACGCCAUCUGAUAGGUCUAGGUCAAACAGCCCAGACCCCCUUGAGGCCACUGUGACAGAGCUUUUUAUCUCAGAGGAGAAUAUGAGCAAGAUGGAGAACAUUCUGGAAAUGUGGAGCCACAACCUGAAGUCAAAUGUACUGACCGAGCUCAGGAAGUGGAAGCUGGCAUUCAAAGAGCAACAUAAGCUGGAGAUGAAGAAAGAGAGGGAGAAGUAUGCAGCCCAAACAGCUGUCCUAAAGUCAGAACUAGACGGUCUGAAGGGGCUGCUACAAACCUACGAGACCUCCAACCAGAGAAAAGAUGAGGUGAUCGUAAACCUGAGCCAGGUGUUGGACAGACAGAAAGAAAGGCUUGAAAAGAUGAGGGCUUUCACCCACUGGAGACUUCAGCACGCUGAGGCUAAAGAAGAGGCUCAUGCUGCUCAAGCAGCGCAGCAGCACUACAACAGGCAGCUGAAGAAGAAGGUGUGGUUAGGCUGGCACUCUGUGGUCCAGAGACACUGGAAGGUCAAAUUGGAGCGGGCCUGCCGUGCAAGGGCUGAGGAGGUCUGCACCCGCCUGUCUGCGGAGUAUGAGGCCAAGCUGGCAGAGCACUGUGAUGCCAUAGAGAAGUCCCAGGCAGAGAUUCAGAGACUACGACUCGAGCGGGAGCACUAUGAAGAAUCUAUGAAGAAAGCUUUCAUGAGGGGUGUCUGCGCUCUCAAUAUUGAAGCUCUCGGCAUGUUCCACACUUCAGAAGGACGACCACAGCAGCCUCUGCUUCAUGAUCAGCAUGAUAUUCUACCUCCUCAAGAUGAGCCUUCAUCACAGGCUCAACUUCAACCCCGUCCUGUCUCCUCAACACGGUUCAGCCCUGUCCACUUCGACCGCCCGGAACUAUCUCACAGUGAGGUAGAGGAUAUGGUGGGCUCUGGUGCUUCUGUUUCAAGAGAAGACAUACCUCCUCCUACAACAGUGGUCCACAGCUCAUUGCCACUUGGUGGCACUACAAGUUCCCAUAAACAGGUCAGCGGGGUCAGUGGUCGUGUUGUUACAGCCAGUCAACAAAAACCCUCCAAGACUGUAACAGCUCGCAUCACUGCACGAGCAGACAUUGCUAAAGCUGCGCGCAGUAACCUCCAGGUAAUGGGUGUGGCUCCGCCCAUGAGCUCUGUGAUAGUGGAACGCCAUCACCCAGUUACACAGCUCACGGUUGGUCAGGCUACUGCGGCAAAGUUUCCUCGCUCCUCCAAACACGGCCAGAGCUCCACAGGGGGCAGAAGCUCAUCAAAAGGACACACCAGCACGUGCCAUGUUCACUCUAUCAAAGUAGUUGACUGAUCAGGCACGGAAAAAUGUGACUCUCCUAGUUUGGAUAUUACAUGUAAAGCAGCCUUUCAAAACAUUUUAGAAAUAUUUAUACUCGGUUUAAGUUCUUUUUGUCUGGAGAUGUUGGGUUCAGUUUGCUUCUGCCCUCUACAUUUAAAGUGAUCAUUCCAUUGCCAUCGUUCAGGUUCCUUUCAUAAAUAUGAAAAGUGCAAUUUCCUAAACAACCGGUAUAUUCUCAGGAAAGCACUACAUAGAUGUAGAGCUGCACAUGUUACUGUUUUAACUAGUAGCUGCAAAAUGGAAAAGUAUUUCAUUCAAGGUAAUUUAAAUUAUGAAGAAGUGUGAAAUGAACUGCAUUGUGUAAAUAUCACGUUUAAAUGUUUGUUUUUUGCGAUUGAGCUCUACCGUCCAACACCACGAGUAUUUGUUUAAUUUAACCAGCCAAAGCCAUAUGACAAUGAUCUAAUGCACAGUUUGAAUUUUGAAAUAAAUUAUUUUUAUGUUGA